AUGCUACUUUGUGGUGCUGAUGUCCUGGACUCCUUCGGGGUGUCGGGGCUGUGGAAUGCUCAGCAAAUUGCGGAGGUGUUCACCAACUUUGGACUGCAACAUCCACGUGGUGCAGGAGUGGGUGGCCAACGACGUGUCGGCCGCACUCAUCCGCCGCCCGCUGCGGUGUGGCCACAGUGUCCGGUACCUGCUGUGACGCAGGUACCGAAGAAAACAAAGGUGGUGCUGCUGUCUUGUGGCUCCUUCAAUCCAGUGACGAACAUGCACCUGCGCAUGUUUGAACUGGCACGGGAUCAGCUGGAGGACACGGGACAGUAUGAAGUGGUGAAGGGGAUCCUGUCACCAGUGGGCGAUGGCUACAUGAAGAUAGGCCUGAUCGAGGCCAGCCAUCGGGUGGAAAUGGCCAAGCUGGCGGUAGAGAGCUCCAGCUGGAUUGAGGUGGACAGCUGGGAGAGCAGGGAGGCCGAAUGGCUGGAGACAGUCAAAGUGCUGCAGUGAGCUCGCCCUAAGGGUGAAAGAAGGACCCCAACUUUUCAGCUAUGCGUCGCUACACCCCCUGUUGGCUGAACUGGUCUUUGACAUCUGCUCCCAGUCAUCACCGGCAGGAACUGAUCUCCCAGGAACCGGACACUGAUGUGGUAUGUAGGCACUGUAAAGCCUGGCAGGAAAAGAAAACGCAUGGAUGCCAGCGGUGCCACCAAGAGGAGGAAG